AUGGCUUCAUACAGAGACAUUCUGAAAGAGAAGGAGAACCAGAACUGGCUUAAAGGCUCCCUCGCACUUAGGAUCUCAAAGGCCGGUCUACGGGAUCUUGUAGAAGGCGACUCAUACCGCGUUCAGCAAAAGAUUUAUUCCGCAAUCAUUCAGGCUCGGAACCUCGCACCUGGGGCAUCAUGUAAUCUUUGUCUGACGGAGAACCUUAUGCGCUGUCCUACAAAAGGACUGUGCUCAACUCCUCGAAACUGCAAGUAUCACAAUUCUGCACUAAAAAUGUCCAGACCUUGCCCCUCGCAGAUAUGCGAUGAUUUCCGGGAUGAAUUAUGCGCUGUUCACAGAUACGGAGGACCGUCUUGGAAGAACACUAAGGCUGACCAGUGGUGUUCCAGCCAUUGGCAAGUUGCCAAAUCUUUAAUGCCACCUGACGGCUACCAAGAUGUUUCCACGUUUGACGAGACAGAUUUCAAUGGCAUCAUAAGCGUUAUGAUCAACUGUACAGAGAUCCAACAAAGCGUUUCCUUCAAUAUCACCAACCAACCCAACGUUUUAACGACGGCUCGGCAGAUUGGUCGAAGUAUUCGUCAUUCUCCAGAUUUAAAAGUGACAGAUAACGACUUAGCUGACUAUUUUGCCACACUGAAUACACUUUUAACAGACUCAAAAUAUCUUGCUAGUGACAGCAAUGCCCAACAAGCUGUUAUUAAACUAAAACAGCUUGAAAAAGACUCUCUUUCAAUAUCGUCCGAAGAUGUCCAUGAACUACUUGAUGAAGCCAGAAAAACAAUAGAAGUUGGAAAGCAUGAGCUUGUGAUGUCCCUGGAGACAGGAAAGCAAGAUAUUCAAAAUGUGGUGACGGGGGCUGUAAGAGCCGUUGAGACUGGAAAACGUGAACUAGAAUCGACGUUGAGUGAUAGUAAAUCAUGGAUUGCUUCGGUAAAACGUCAACUAGAAGAGAGGUAUUCGAAGGGAACAACAAUAGUCGCAACUCGAAAAAGUGAGUUGGAAGAAUUGUGCUUGAAUGGUAACACUGCCGUUGCAAAAGGGAAAUUUGAAAUUGAAGAGGCGGUGUCGAAGAGUAACAUGGCCAUUGAAACUGGUAAACGCGAAAUAAAAGAGACGUUGAUGGAGAGUAAAACAGCCAUUGAAACUGGAAAACGCGAAAUAAAAGAGACGUUGAUGGAGAGUAAAACCUCUAUUGAAACUGGAAAACGCGAAAUUGAAAAGACGGUCUUGGAGGGUAAAACAGCUAUUGAAACUGGAAAACGCGAAAUGGAAGAGACGGUCUUGGAGGGUAAAACAGCUAUUGAAACUGGAAAACGCGAAAUGGAAAAGACGGUCUUGGAAGGUAAAACAGCUAUUGAAACUGGAAAACGCGAAAUGGAAGAGACGGUCUUGGAGGGUAAAACAGCUAUUGAAACUGGAAAACGCGAAAUGGAAAAGACGGUCUUGGAGGGUAAAACAGCUAUUGAAACUGGAAAACGCGAAAUAAAAGAGACGUUGAUGGAGAGUAAAACAGCCAUUGAAACUGGAAAGCGCGAAAUAAAAGAGACAAGAGACCGUGAUGGAGAGUAA